ACAGAAAUAUAGGCCCGAGUGGGAAAAACAGUUUCCGUGGGUGGGGCCUGCAAAGAAGGAUGCUUGUAAGGCCAUGUGCCUUAUUUGCAGUGUUGAAAUAACCGCCCAAGUCACAACUCUGAAGUUGCAAGAAAACACUACAAAACACAAGAAAAUGUGUGCGCCAUCCUCAUCCAAAAAAACUUGUGGAGUAAGUGAUUCUGUUAAGGCUGCUGAAAUAAGGCUUACUGCAUUUAUGGUGGAACACAAUAUAAGUUUCCGUUUGGCCGAUCAUCUGUGUGAAGUCCUGAAAGGUUGCUUCUCUGAUCAUCAAGAUCAAGAUCAAUCUGGCAACGCUGACACAAGUUUACCAGUCAGUGUGUCGCGUCUAUGCGUGGUGUUAGUACGCUUCUGCUUCAACUCCCAGCCUGACAGAAUUUGUGGUUUUUUUGUGUGUGUGUGUGUGUGUCUGUAACCACGCCUACACAGUGGCUACCGAAAAAAAAAUCAAUAUUAUUGGAAGUUGAACACGAAUAAAAACAAGUGUACGGUGCACCAUGAGUUAAACCUUCUUUAGUUGGUAAUGAGGAAGGCGUGGGCUCUAGCAGUGGACACCGGAAGGCAGCAGUGGGUGAAAACAAGCAAAAUAAAGAAAAGUUUGGCUGUGAGAAGGUGCUAGACAGCCAGCCAUAGUGACGAGGAGGCAGGAAGGUACAUCACCACCACAGGGAAGUGAGAGAUGGGGAGGAGGAUUUAAAAGGACAUGUUUGCAGUGCGCUGUCAGCCCUCACCUGUGCCGCCUCCCCCAUUGAGUGGGUGUAGGCCUGGGAAUAGAACAUAUGCAGACGUCUUGGCAGUGCUGUGUAUGUCUGUUUGUCGAUGGUCAAGAAGGAACGUAGCAAAAGUUUAAGCCGAGAUGGAGGCGCGGCGCGAAUCUUCCUCACGCUAAUGACAACAAAAGCUGAGUUGAUGGUUGUUUGUACCUGACGUCUUGUCUCUCCUCCUCCUGUCCUCCUCCUCCCUGGUGACCAUGAAGUUGGUGGACCACGUCGUCAGGUCCUUCAGGGUGGCCAAACUCUUCAGGGACAACACGGAGAAGAUAAAUAACAUUGACUUCUCGCCGAGCGGAGACUUGCUGAUAACCUCCAGUGACGAUGACCAGAUAGUGAUUUAUGACUGCGAGAAGGGAACGAACAAGAGGACUUUGAACAGCAAGAAGUAUGGCGUUGACCUCAUCCACUUCACACACGCCAAGAACUCUGCCAUCUAUAGCUCUACAAAAAUCGAUGACACCAUCAGAUACCUGUCACUGCACGACAACAAGUAUAUCAGGUACUUCCCCGGACACACCAAGAAAGUAGUCACCUUAAGCAUGAGUCCCAUUGACGACACCUUCAUCUCGGGUUCAAUGGACAAGUCGUUGCGUCUGUGGGACCUGCGAUCUCCCAACUGCCAGGGAAUGAUGCAUGUGGGAGGGCGGCCUGUGGCGGCGUUUGACCCCGAAGGCCUCAUCUUUGCAGCUGGAAUAAACUCGGAGAUGAUUAAACUAUAUGACUUAAGAUCGUUCGACAAGGGACCCUUCAGUACCUUCCAGCUGUCCAUGGAAAAGGAGUGUGACUGGACGGGCAUCAAGUUCAGUCCAGACGGCAAGACCAUCCUCACCUCCACCAAUGGCUCCGUCAUCCGGCUGGUCGACGCCUUCCAGGGCACACCGCUCAAAACUUUUGCUGGCCACCUAAACAACAAGGGCAUGCCGCUCGAGGCGUCCUUCAGUCCCGACUCUCAGUUCAUCUUCAGCGGAUCAACAGACGGAAGGGUUCAUGUGUGGAAUGCUGAGACUGGAUAUAAGGUGUGUGUGCUGAAUGCAGACCACACAGGACCAGUGCAAUGUGUUCAGUUCAACCCCAAGUACAUGAUGUUGGCAUCAGGCUGCACCAGCAUGGCGUUCUGGCUCCCGGCGCUGGACGACAUGUGAGGAGCCCAGGGGAGCCAGCGCACUGCCACCCCCUCCCCUCCCCUCACCCCUUCCCCAUAGAAGCCAUGGUGGAGGAGCCCACCAAGGGGGAGCCUUGAGGCAAGGCUUGGUCUGGCUGACCUGGGACUGGAGGGUCUGAGGGCUGGGCAUUGGGCCAGGAGGUUUAGCUAAUGUUUACAUCACCUGCAGUCACUGUUAGACUAAGAGGACUACGUACCUUCUAGACUAUUGGUGUGAGAGAACUAGUUUACCUAGAGUGAAUGUGAUGUAGGUCUGAAACAGCUGGGUACGGGGAUACAAGGGCUUUAUAAUGGUCUAAGAGAACUAGGGACUAGGCUUAGUAAGUAUUGUAGUGAUCAGAGAGGGUGGGGCACUAGGCUAAAUGGACUAGGUACUGAUGUGAGAGGACAGGUAUUGAGCUGGAAAGGGCUGGACUUGGAAAGCUCAUGGGGGAUUUGAGGCAGCGUGACUAAGCUGGGCCUCUGCACCUCUGGACGUAUUAAAUCUGGAUUAACUCGACAAAGAAAUUCCUUAUAACUUUUGAUACAUCUCAUUGGUUAACUUGACAAGUCCCACCUCCUCCUUGAGUGCAGACCCAUAUGAUUGGCUGUUGGCUUAGGGAGGAGGCAUGUGAUUGGCAGUUGCUUGGUGGGAGGGGACAGGAUGGGUGGGGCUUGUUUGUCAGGUUAAUAGGAGCAGACCCUGAUGUGCUGUAUGUCUAAGUCAGGGAGUGUUCAGACGGGCUGGUCCUUGGUGGGUAAAGUAGACAGGGUGCUUUUUUUACCAUAAUUUUUGCAUUCAGAAACUUGGGUUGCAUGAAGAUGUGCAGAACUGAGGUUUGAGGCUUCACUGGAUAUGGUUUAGAGGGCUUCUGUGCAGGAGGCUGGUGUUCCUGUGUGUGGGUAGUACUGAGUGGAGAGGCAAGGGAAGGCUGUUGCAACUGUGAAGGGGAAAUUUAGAACUAAGUGAAGAGGUAAAGGAAAGCUUUCACUAUGGAGAGAAAGUCACAGUUAAUUCCGAUAAGUUACCCCUCAAACUGUUAAGAUUGUUAGUUAAUAUGAUGACUGGGGGAGUUAUUCACAUACACUUUCCAUAUUCAAUGUUACGGAGUUGCCAAACCACUUGUAAAUGUUCUUAAUACAGGGAUACAUCUUCAUUACCCAAGCAGAUUAUUAAAGUGGUAGUGUGAGGAGGUCAGCAUGGUACUUUUGAUAGAUAACCACCUUGCUGUUAAGUGAGGUUCAAGUAGUUACUCACCUUGGUGUGUGAAUAACCAGCAUCAAUUUUUAUUUUAUGUUUCCUUGAAUUUGUCCUUGGUAUUGUAGUGUUGUGAGGCAACUGAGGCUGUGGUGUAUUGCUUAUCUUUACUUAACAUUCACGUUAGGUUCAGACUUGUCCUGACUCACAUGCAGUAGUGUGUCAGUUUUAUAUAUGAAGGUAUUGUUUAAGCAUCUUUAUCUGAAGUGGAAGUGAUAGUUUUCUUUCAUAGCUUCUUUUCAAUACACAGUUGUCUUGGUCAGAAUGAAAGGUGUUUUCAGUUGACCUAUGAACAUGCACUGUACAGAUUUUCAUGUUGAAAACUAAAUAUGAAGUGAGUUUUUGUUUCAUGAACAGGUGUUGUAGUUCAAGCAAAAUGUGUUUAUAGUUUAAUUUACAAUAUAAACUAUAAAAAGUUCAUACUCAAGGACAAAAUAUGAAGUAGUGCAUCUAGAAAAGGGAAAGUUGAAAUAGUGACCACUUCCUUUUAAUACAUUUUAUAUGUUGCAUAUUAAAUUCAUAAAAUCAACUUAGGUUAAAAAUAAGACAUGUAUAUAUGAAGUGAAACUUGUGGUGGAUGAGAUUGAUCAUCCAGGUCAAAAGCAAAGCAACACUCAUUUGUUUAUUUAUUAUUUUUAUAUAUAACAGUAAGUCCUUUGAUAGAUUCAUGUUUCUCUUUUUUUUUUUUUUUUUUUUUUUCUCUCUCUCUCUCCUGUUACUAUGCUAUUUUUCUUUUUACUUCACAAUUUCAUUAAACUGUAGUGCUGUGUGACCCUUGCUGUGUGGCACUUCUUGGUCUCACUCGCUGACUAACUCACUGCCUCACUGUUCCAUGUUCUCUUUACUCAUUGCACCAAGCAGUUUAGUAAAGAAUUCAUGCAUAACUUAACAGACACCAAUUUUACUUUUUAUGUAAAUGAAUACACCAGAGCCCAACCAAAACCAGCUCAGGUCUUGGUGAUCAAUCAUGACAAGGCUGGUGAUGUGUCAGAGUGGUAUUUACCUUGGGUUUGAAUCAGUCCUCCAGCAACAGCGACCUCUCAUGGCAAAUUUUAAACCUGCUUUCAGCAAUUUAGUAGUUCCAUGAUGCUCCUAAGGGAGUGACACUGCUGGCAGCCACCUCAGGGUAACACAAGUCUGACACAUUGCCACUCAGGCCACAAGGUCUGAGUGGAUUUUGGGUGGCUUUCACUGUCCUGUCACUACACUUGUACCAUUGGAAAUACUCUAGCAUGGUAUAAGAAAUGCAUGAAAAACAAAAAAAACUUGUGAACUACUUUAACAGUUAAAAUACUAAUACACGUACACAUACACAGUUUUGCAUUUCAUCACCCGGGAUAGAGUUUUCUCAGUAGUAUACUUCCUCUGCAGUAUUUUUGUGGCAGAGUGAAGCAGCAUAAGAUAUUCCAAGUCACACAGAAGGAAUAUAAUGAGUGUGUCACUACAUCACUACACUCAUGCCCUUGCACUGCACUAUUUUUAUGGCAGAAGGAAGUACACAAUGUAAAGGGCUCCAAACCCCACAGUAGUUUAUGCUGAUAUCUGACACUUUUACCACUUCCUAUAUGAACCACAAUAAGAUAAUUUGUAAUCAUAGAAAGGCAUCAGUGUUAGUAUGAAGUCUCAAAUUUCCAAGAGGUUGCAUCAUGAGUUAUGACCUUUAUGCCCUCAUAUCAAGAAACCGAUCAUAUUUUAAAUAGUUUAUCAAGUAUCAUAAUCUCUUUAAACCCCCAGCAAAGGAGCCGCUGUUAGUUUUCAGCUUCAUGUACAUAACUUGAUAACCUACAUUUGAUAAAUUUGGUAGUGAUUCUAUUUAUUUAUUUAUUUAUUUAUUUAUUUUAUUUUUUUUGAGAAUAAACCUUGUUGCAUCUCCUAAGUUGUCAUCCCUCAGUUCAGCACACCCUUGCUUCCCACACGACCAAGCCCCGGUGUGUUGAAAGCCCUCGUUACCAUAUACAUAAUUUCCCACAUGUAAAUUUCCACCAUGAACAUUCCAUUCACAAGAUUUCCCCCACAGUAAUUCCAUCCAUGAUAAACUGGGUCAGGUUAGGUUAGGUCGGUAAAUUUAUCAUGGGAAUUAUUUUGAGUGAGAUUUUCAUGGAGGAAUCUACAUAAGUGGAAUUUACCUGGGUGGGAUUUAUGAAGAAGCCUCACGCCUUGCCUCUUGUCAGGGACAGACUGUCUGGAGGCUCUAAGGUGUGCAGUAAAUGUUGUACAGCCCAGAAAAUUUGUGUUAUUUUUAAUAUAAAUGAAAAAUUAUUUCUUUAUUAUUUACCAUCUCAAACUUACACUGUACUAUUCACAAGGUCUUUUCAUUGGUUGUGAAAUCUCUGAAAAUGCAUGGAAGUUACUGAGAUUUAUGAAACUGCAUAAUUUCCCAACCAAUGCUGUUCAUUUGAAUUUUCUUAGCAAUUCAUUGUUCAAAAGUUCACAUGUUGCAUUGAAAAAUAUGACUUGUCAGACGUAGGAUUCUGGAAAAUGUUUUUUUUUUAUAUAUCAGUAAUAUUAAUAUCUGAAGUAACAGUAGAAUGUAGAAAUGCAAGGCUGUUAUAAAUAUUCAGAUGUUCAUACCACACACACACACACACACACACACACACACACACACACACACACACACACACACACACACACACACACACACACAAGAUCAUUACUUUACUCUUUCUUACACUCUACAUCUCUACAGUCUUAUCUUAUAACCGAUUGUGUAAGAUAACCACACAUUGUUUUCUUUAUUUCACCAUGAUAAGUCUGAGCCGUUCACACAGCAGUGGAAGUCCUGCCUUAUCUUGUCUUGUCCUGCAUGUGUUCAAUAUUUAGAGUUGCCUGUGAUGUUUCUCUGGACACAUUCUGGGGAAAGCAGUGUAAUUUCAAACCAAAGAGAGUUUGUGGUAUGAAAUAACUUUACUCUCCUUCUUGAACCAAAGAUGCUGUUAGCUUAUUUAUGUUUGCAAGAUAGAUACUGAAGUUACCAUUGCUUAUUCAUGAAAAUAAUAAUAAGGGAGAAAGCAUGUAAGAAGAAUAAAAAAAUAUAAUUGUUUAUUCAUAAAAAUAAUCAUGAGGACAAAGGGAUGUAAGGAAGAUAUUGAAAUUAGCAUAGUUCAUUCAUUAGCAUAACAAGAAAGAUAAGAUGUAAGGGAAAUAUUGGCAUUUGUAUAGUUCAUUCAUAUACAUUAAAAGGAAGAUAAGAUGUAAGGAAAAUAUAAAAAUUACUAGCACUUGUUGAUAGGAAUAAUUAAUUAAUGUAACCUAUACAUUGCAAACUACAUAAAUUUUCAUCAGUCACUCAUAAGGAUGUUUCUUUAUUCAUGUAAAUAAAAGCACUGACAUCACCAUUGCAUCAUUCACAGAGACACAAUCAUAUUCACUGAUAUUCAUUUAAUGCAUGCUCUUGUUUAUGUAUGGAAGACACUGUGAUAAGAAUUAAUGGUAAUCUUUUAGUGAAGUCUUGCAGUGCAUCAGUGUGUCCUGUGAAACAUCAUGUGCAGCUGGAAAAAGAACUGUGUGUGAUGGGACUUGAGGGUCUAGAACUAGCUGUGUGUGUGUGUAUGUGUGUAUGUUUAGCUUCAUCUCAGCCAUACAGCAAUAUUUAGCUUAAGAAAAAGUAAUGAGAGUCAGUUGUAAGCAGCCAAUAGUAUCCUUGUUAUAAAUGUUAUUGUAUAUUUCUUACAGUCUGUUCAAAUUAACCUGGCAGAUAGGCUCUUCCUCCUCCUCCCUGAGAGUGUUUAUCUUUGGUUGACUCAUGGAUAAGCCAUAUCUCCUGUCCACCACAAGAACAUCCCUUAAUGAAAAAAAUCUGAGAAUGUGUAAUGGGAAGUCUCUGUCGUUCAAUCUUUCUGAUGUUCAAGUGAUAGGAAGGCAAAGGAAUGGAAUUAGGCAGAGAGACUUUAAGAGGGAGAGCUGCAACACUUAUGUUCGGUCUGAUUGCCCAAUAUAAACCAAGUUUGUAGUGUUUUAAGUCUAGCUGCCUCUUUUUUUCACAAGUUCAAAUCAUAGGAAGUGAAGGAAUAGGAUAAGCUAGAGAGAGAAAUGCAGUGGUGUGUAUUGACCCACCUGCUGGAGGCCAUAACUCUCAGUAUUGCUGGCCCAGCUUGAGUACUUCUGCCCUGAGAAGGAUGCUUAUAUUCUGACAGCAAACAGAAUGUGAAGUGAGAGAGGAGUGCCCUGGUGUCGUUAGGUCCAGUCUUACACUAUAAAUGCAGUAUUUUAUGUCUUAACUAGAGUAUUUUUGUCCAGAAAAGAUUUACAAUAAGGCAACAAACUUUGUACAACUGCUUGCUCUUCAAUAGUUUCUACUUCCUCAGCUAAUUUUAUUUGCACACACACACACACACACACACACACACACACACACACACACACACAGGAAUGGUAAAUAGUACGAUAAUGAAUAGAAGAGUUGAUAGGAACUUAUAAUUUCAAAGUAUUGUGAGGUAACAUCUAAGCAUGAACCAGCAAAAUCUAACCUUAGGCAUGACCAGAAUACAAGCAUUUCAAUCUGAUGGAAAACAGUGGCUUCUCCAUUGACCACCUUAACUAUACUAAUGGGACACUAACAAACCUGACUUGGCCUUCUGGUCCUUUCAAUAGCUGGAAACAUCUCUGGAGGAGUAGGAGGACUUAUCUGAACAGGCUGUGGUGACUCAAAUCUUUCCUCAAGUGAUGUAUUGCAGUAACAAGACAGUCCAGGCUGACCAGAACCCACUUGUGUUUUGGGUGUCACUUACUGGCCCAUUGUCAACAUGUUGGAUUUGCAUUUAAAAAUAUUACCAGUUAGUCCCUAGGUGAUCACCAAGGUGUGAGUGGAUUUUGGUGCAUCUUGCCUGUUAUGUCACUACAUGUUCUUCAUCUCACUGUCCUGAAGCAUCACAAGGGGGCAGCUUUGGGUCAUGCCUUGCUGCUGGGAGUGGUGGGCGUGUUAAGGGGAAGGCUCUGUACAGGACUUGUUUAGGAGGAAAGGUUUCGUACAUAAUCUCAGGUUGCGCUUGUAUGUAUUUUUGAACAUGUUUUUGACUAAGUGUAUGUAGAGAGAAUAAUAAAGUGAUAAUGAUUGAUGGAGACAGUUACUUUGCCAGGCAGUGAAAUUAAUACAUAUUCAGAGUGUUGCUGUACUAAUAGUAACUAAUUGUACCAUUGUAAAUCAUCAUUACUUGGCAAAUGGUGAAUAAGUAUAUAUUAUACAUAUUACUAUUGCACUAAUAGUAACUGAUUCACUACUGUUAGAAAUUAUAAUUAAUUUACCAGACAGUGAAAAAGAGUAUUACUGUUGAAUGAUAAUUAAGUUAUUUAGCAAAGAUCUAUUGUCAUAUCAAGAUUUUCCAAAAUAUGGUAAAUUUUUCAUUUUAGUUUUAAUUGCAAGGUUUUUAAAAGGAUUGAUUUUUCAUAUCAAUAUGAUGAAAAGGUAUUACAUUUUCAUUUUAAGACAUGUGUAACGAGGUGCAUCCACUGUACUCUGGUCUCCUUCCUGAGUGGUGGUGACAGGAAGUAAGCAGUCUGUUAGCGGUCAUUAUCAUAUCAAUUCAGUGUUAUUCAUGAAUUAUUGUGUAAUAAUUGUAUAACACUUGUGAUGCACUGUGGAAUAACACUAUUAAUUCUGCCUCUGUAUACUGUAUUGUAAUAGUUUUUUGUUGUCAUUGUCAUGUAUUAUUUCUUUGCACUUUUUUAUAUUUGAAAAGUGUAGGAUUUUGUAGAUUCCAUGAACACACACAUGUGGACGAACAUUCAUAGUUGGUAAUUCUUGCAAUAUUCAGUUUUCAGUUUUGGUCAUUAUCAUGAUUUUUCUUAAGUUAGGUAAUGGUUGAAUUUUUUGUCAGUCUCCCUUUACCAAUAAAGUAUUAAUGAUCCUUAUAGUAAA